UAGCGGUCCGUAGCUUUAGUUGCCUACUAACUUUUGAAUAGCCAACCUGGACUAGAGUCCUCGCAUUUAGUGCAGGGAGUCCCAAGCCCAACCCCACGUUCAGGCGUAGGAGCAGACGAGACGACUCCUAUACACUCCCGUAGAAACACUGAACAGGUGGUCAUAAAUACGUACGUGAGUACCUUUGCCAUGGAGAAAAGAUGAUUUUCCUACACCUCGUGUAUCUUGGAUACAAUUUUUAUAUCGCCAAAGAGAACUGAUGACAAAUAGCUCUUCACAAAGUAGCAACGGAACGAGCGCUUUCAUUGGAAUCGGAGGGAAUAUCAGGAACUAUGAAAGUCACCGUGUGUUUUGGAAGGACCAGGGUGGUCGUUCCUUGUGGCAAUGGGAAUAUCAAAGUGCACAGUCUCAUCGAGCAAGCAGUAAUGCGAUAUAAGAAAGCGAUUGCCAAGGACCAAGCAUACUGGAUUCAGGUGCACAGGCUGGAACAUGGCGAUGGAGGUAUUCUUGAUCUGGAUGAUGUGCUGUGUGAUGUAGCGGAUGAUAAAGACCGGCUGGUGGCAGUGUACGAGGAGCAGGACCCUCACCAUGGUGGCGACGGCACCAGCGCCAGCUCCACGGGCACCCAGAGCCCCGACCUGUUUGCGGCCAGUGGCGGAGGUGGCGCAGGAGCGGAGCUCAACUCCAGCGGCAUGUCGGCGUUCCAGCCCUACCAGGCGGCCAGCGAGAUCGAGGUCACGCCCUCGGCUCUCAGGAGCAACAUGCCCUUACACGUGCGCCGUAGCAGUGACCCCGCACUGGCUGCCCUCACUGAAGCCCAGCUGAUACCAGAGGAGCCGUCCAGGAAGAACCCCACGCGCUGGUCCACCACAGCCGGCUUCCUGAAGCCCAGCGCCCACAACACCAUCAGCGCAACUGGCACCAACAGCUUGGAGAGAAAGGGAAAAGGGUUGAACUCCUACCGGAGCCUUCCCCGCGACGCUGCUGCAUGGGCCACCCAGUUCCAGAGGGAGAACGCCCGCUCAUCGCUCAGUGCCAACCACCCCAUGGUGGACCGCUGGCUGGAGCGCCAGGAACAGGAAGAGGAAGAGGAAGAGAGAAGAGGGGAGGAGCGCAAUGGCAGAAUUGAGCCAGUUGGACGAGCAGACUCCUGUGUGGAACAACAUCCUGUCUCGUUAGAUGAUAUUCUAGAGCUGGUAGAGGUGUCUAAUGCCGGAGGACCGUUGGGAAUCCACGUAGUGCCAUUCAGUGCCAGAGACCGAAGGACUCUGGGCCUGCUCGUCAAGCGGCUGGAGAGCGGAGGGAAGGCGGAGCAGGAGGGCCUGUUCCGCGAGAACGACUGCAUCGUGCGGAUUAAUCACGGGGAUCUGCGCAACAUCCGAUUCGAACAAGCACAGAACAUGUUCCGACAAGCCAUGCGCACUCCUCUCAUCCUGUUCCACGUGGUGCCCGCCUCCAAGAAGGCCCAGUACGAGCAGCUGUCCCAGAGUGAGCUGGACGCGGCCCACUUGAGCCCGGACGCCUCUCACAACCCUGGGGACCGCAGCCACGUGGUAGUGGGAAGCAAUGGUGGAGCGGGCAUUGAAUACACCCCGCAACGGAUGUCAAGGAGCGGCCCCCACCCCAAUGUGAACCCACAGGCCCAUCUAGGCCACCCAGAGAGGGCAGAUGUCUACCCUCCAGCACCCCUCAGCCCUGUGCUGAGUACUCCAACCAAGACGGCCACCCUCGGCCCCAGCCCCAGCCCCAGCCACAUCCCCAGACCUGUCAGUGCCACUCCCUCCACCAGCUACUCCAAAAAGAUUGGGCGCAGACUCAACUUGCAGCUCAGAAAAGGUCCUGAGGGCCUGGGAUUCAGCAUCACGUCCCGAGAUGUCCCCGUUGGUGGCUCUGCCCCCAUCUACGUGAAGAACAUCCUGGCGCGGGGGGCCGCUAUUCAGGACGGCCGCCUGAAGGCCGGAGACUGCUUACAAGAGGUGAAUGGGGUGGACCUGAAUGGGAAGACUCAGGAGGAAGUUGUUGCUCUGUUGCGCUCAACCCCUAUGGGUGGCACGGUCAGCCUGCUCAUUCAGCGGCAAGAGGAUGCAUUUCUGCCCCGAGAAGUGAAGCCAGAGGAGGAUGACCUAGUGUUGACCCCAGAUGGGACACGGGAGUUCCUGACGUUUGACAUUCCUCUAAACGACUCGGGAUCUGCAGGGUUAGGUGUCAGUGUCAAGGGCAAUCGCUCCAAAGAGAACCAUGCAGACCUGGGCAUCUUUGUCAAGUCUAUAAUCAACGGUGGAGCAGCUUGCAAGGAUGGACGACUGCAUGUCAAUGACCAGUUGAUUGCGGUCAAUGGAGAGUCAUUGCUGGGCAACACCAACCAGGAAGCCAUGGAGACACUACGGACAUCCAUGUCCAUUGAGAGCAACAAGCGUGGGCUGAUCCAGCUCAUUGUUGCCAGGAGAGUCACCGGGAGAAAUGAGGAGCUGCCCUCUGGUGCCUCAGUUCCAGACCUGUCAGCGUCACCACAAGAUGACCACGAGAGACGGAUCUCUCACUCCAUGUACCCUGCCCUGGAUGACCUGGACGAUGACCUGACGCCCAGGUCCAGCAUGAUGGGCAGGAUGAUGGGUAACUACCAGCUAUCCCCCACUGUCAACAUGCCCCAGGAUGAUACAGUAAUCAUAGAAGAUGAUAGGCCACCUGUCCUGCCCGCCCGCCUGUCUGACCAAUCAUCUUCCAGCUCCCAUGAUGAUAUGGGCUUCGCUUUGGAACCACCACCACCCUGGGUGCAAGACAUCCCAAUAGCCAAUGAAAGUUCUCUGAGUCCUGACGCUGAUGCCGACCCCGACCUCCACUUCCAGCGGGAGGGAUUUGGCCGCCAGAGCAUGUCUGAGAAACGGACCAAGCAGUUUGGGGACGCUGCGCAGCUCGAAAUCAUCAAGACGCGCAAGUCCAAGAGCAUGGACCUGGUAGCUGACGAGAUUAAUCCCAAUGCCUGCACUGAGAGACUGGAAGGAUCCCCUACGCGAGAUGUUGGUCCAUCUCUUGGUCUGAAGAAGUCCAGCUCCCUUGAAAGCCUCCAGACUGCCGUUGCUGAGGUGACCCUCAAUGGCGACAUCCCCUUCCACAGGCCACGCCCGCGGAUAAUAAGGGGCAGGGGCUGCAAUGAGAGCUUCCGUGCCGCCAUUGACAAAUCCUAUGAUCGGCCAGGCAUGACCACCACCGCCUCAGAGGAGUAUGACGAAGGCAUGGAAACCUUGGAGGAAGACACAGAGGAGAGUUCUCGUUCUGGCCGUGACUCUGUCUCCACGGCAACUGACCUCACCCUUGCACCUGGCUUUGGCACAGUUAGCCCAGACUCUCGGCAGGUCAACGGAAGCCGUCCGAAAGAAGACAAGAAGAAAGAGAAGGGUGGGAAAGAGAAGAAGAAGCCCGACCGAGACAAGGAGAAGGAGAAAAACAAAGCCAAGAAAGGGAUGCUGAAGGGCCUGGGGGAUAUGUUCAGGUUUGGCAAGCACAGAAAAGAUGAGAAGCCUGGAGACAAGAUGGAGCGGAAAGGCUCUAGUAAGUCCAAGAUGGAGGACACGCAGGUCUCGGAGGAGGAGACUAUGCGAAUGCGGCUAGAGCAGGAAAGGAUCCAGGCGAAGACCAGGGAGCUGCGCGAGCGCCAGGCCAGAGAGCGGGACUACGCCGAGAUCCAGGACAUCAGCCGCACGCUGAGCUCUGACGAGGAGCACCCCUACGCCGGCAUCGGCUCCUUCGACUCCUCCAUGGACAGUGGCCACUACCAGCGUCCCCAGAGCCCGCAGCAGGACGACGCGCAGCCCGUGGAGGCAGUCUACGCCCAGAUCAACAAACCCCGCAAUGGACGCCCUCAGUCUGUCAACAGCAACCGGCUGGCGCCUAGCAACCACGAGCGGAUACAGCGGCUGCGCCACGAGUUCCAGCAGGCCAAGCACGAGGACGAUCCGGACGACCGCCGGCGCACCUACAGCUUCGAGCAGCAGCCCUGGGCUAACACAGGUUCCUACACACAGACUGGGCGUCACUCGGUGUCUGUGGAGAUGCAGAUGCACAGGCAGAGGCAGGACGACAGCAGAGACUCCUUCCAGCAAACCCAAAGACAGUACAACUCCUUACCACGGCAUCCUCGCAAGAACCCCAGCACGGUGUCCCAGGACUCGUGGGAGCGCGUGUACCCUCCGGGGGAGGGCUUCCAGACGGCCAAGGAGAACCCGCGCUACUCCAGCUACCAGGGCUCCCGCAACGGCUACCUGGGCUCCACGGGGGGCGGCGGCCUGAACGCGCGCGUGCUGCUGGAGACCCAGGAGCUGCUGCGCCAGGAGCAGCGCCGCAAGGAGCAGGAGGCCAAGGCCAAGCUGGAGAGUGGCAGCGCCAACGCUAGUGCUAGCGCCAGCCCCAGCAGCUACGGGGAGCCCCAGGGGGACGCCCCGCACCCCCACGCCCACCCCCAGUCCCCCUCCCCCGGCCCCCUCACCCCCACCAAAGGGCCCUACCGGCAGGACGUGCCGCCCUCCCCCUCUCAGCUGGCCCGCCUCAACCGGCUCCAGUCUGUGCAGGAGAAGGGGCGGCCAUUUUACUCGUGAGGAGAGAAAGGGAGAGCGGUAAAGAGAGGGAGCGGGAGAAGAGGACUCCAGGAGCCGCAGCAAUAAUGACUUUGGGAAUGACAACAAGCCUGCGAAGCCACUGAGCUUCAAAAUUGUGAGAAACAAAAAAGCAAUUUUUAUGGGAUAACUGAUCUUUUUUUUUGUUUAUUUGUUUGUUUGGGUUUUUUUUUGUUCUGGUUGUGUUGAAUUCUGCAUCUUCCAUUUGUCUGUGAAUUUGUUGUUUUGGGGACUUUGCUUUGUGAAGCUAUUAUUUUGAUACUUGGGCUGCCACUACAGCUAGCCCUUCUUCCAUAACCAGUGCCUUGACGUGGAUGACUGUACGCAUGCAUGGAUGUGUGAUGAGGCCACAUGUAAUGCCAUGUAGAAUGCUCUGAAUCUAGAAAGCCGCAGCUUUUGACCCUGACAAUCAGAAUGAGCUAGACGUCCCCUCCAGGGCCCUCCUCAGUAUUUGGACACGCACAGGCUCUCCCAUUUCAGCUCCAGCUCAUGGGAGACAUUCAGGAGGUGCUGUUGUGUUCUGUAGUGUGCAUGUGGCGCGUAAGGGUGAGGUGUUAUGUGCUGAGUGUAUGUUUCUGCACCUCUAAACUCUAGCCCAACAGGAGACACGGCAGAUAUUAUCACAUUUACCAUGUGUACUACGCAUUGUGUGUGUGUGUGUGUAUGUGUGUGUGUGUGUGUGUGUGUGUGUGUCUGUGUAUGUGUGUGUGUGUGUGUGUGUGUGUCUGUGUGUGUGUGUGAGUGUGUCUGUGUGUGAGGGUAUGCACGCGUGCCUGCUGUGUUAACUAGCAUGGCUGAACAGUGGGGGGAACCCUUUGGCUGAGGGUCAUGAACGUAAGCCUGCUAGGAAAUCCUCUCAAUCUCAGUCACGCUCUUCACUUUGAUUCAUGGUCCUUGGCUCCUCCCUCGGUGUCUGUUUUCUGUCCUUUCCCCCCAUUGUUGUCUGUUCUCCUCUAGCUGGUCUUCAGACCAAGGUGAAUCCUUAGAUCCUCUUACACCCUGAGAGGCCCCUGUCCUGGGAAUUCAUUUAGUAUAAACAAGGUCAGGGAUGUGUUAUUAAUUAAUGUUACUCAUGAAAAAUUCAUUGGUGUUCACUUGGUAGGGGGUGUGAAAUGGUAGGUUUUGUGUUGUAUCGGAUGGCUGUGUGUCACCAUUGCUUUCAGAUGUGUGCACACAUGUAUCCGAGAGCGAGUGCAAAUGUUUGUGUGUGUCUGUGUGCAAAUGUUUGAUUUCUUUGGCCCUUGUCUUGACUUUUGGAUGAGGUGAGCGGUACCUUUGGCACAGUCUCCCUGGUAGGGUUGACACUGUUCCAUGCUCAUUGUGUUGUGGUGCAGGUCAGUAGCGCUGACAUGUAUCACCAGAGCUCCACACAGACGUGCUCAUGUUUCCACUGUGGAGCCUGAGCCCCAGCCCCAGCCAGGCAUAUCCAAACCUUGUUAAAGCUACUGCCAUAGCAUGACAAAUUAAGACUUUUAAAUCCAAACCUUUUAACUUUCAUUUGAAUCGACAUUGGUCAGGCGUUGUGGGUUUAUGUAGGUACGUAUGUUUGAGUGAGUGUGCUUGGUCUGUGUCUGGGUGUGUACGUGUGUGUGUGUGUGUGUGUAUAUGGGCAGGGCGGUACCUGCCAUACAAUGUUGCUCUGCGUAUGCACAACCACACAGAGAUAGCAAAGAACAAGACUGUUUAUUAAUAGUUCAAUUGACAUGGUCACUCUACGUGUAGCAGGUUUAGAGCAACUGACCUCUCUCUACAGUCCUCCCCUUACUUUGGGACCGCUUCAGCUUGAAUUGCUGCCCUUCGAGUUGACAUUGCAAAAAAGCAUGCGGUAAGGAUGCUACAUAUGGGACAUCUGAACAAUUGCUUUUGCCAUCUAAAGUCAGAAGCCAUCUAAAAUGAAUUGCAGAUACUUGCCAACACUAUGUGUGUAUGUUAUGAGGUGUUGUUUCCUUCUGAGGUGUGUGCGCAAGUGGGUGUGUGUGUGUGUGUGUGUGUGUGUGUGGGUGCGUGGGUGUGUUUGCUGAUGGUAUGGGAGCACAAAUCCAGCAGCUGUUUUUGGUACUUGUACCCUUUUCAUAUUUCAUAUGGGGUGUUAUAUUGGAGCCCUGGAUGUGGUUCAAGUGCCUUUAAGGGAGAGAUUUUUUAUAUGUUAUCAUGUCAUCUAAUGCACAUUGUUUUUAUCUACAUGCCAUAAUUGUUUUUUUGUUUUUUUGUGGGUAUGACAAAUUGUUCUUUUGUGUUUUUUUUAUUUCCACAAUGCUUUUUAUUGUAAUCAAUUGAAAAAGAAAUGUAUAUGUAAUUAUGACCAUGAUAAUAUUAAUAGCCAAGGUGGUACUCCUCCUCUUCACAUUGUAUUUUAAGGUAUUUUUCAUAAUAGCCUUUUUAUCAAUUAGGUACUACGGUGACCUGAGAGAGCUCUUGUCUGCACAGUGCAAUUGGUUUUUACAACUUUUACUCUGUGUAUUAAAAGUGUAAACAGCAUCUUUCUGUGUACAUAUCAAAUCAAGAAUAAAAAGGAACGCUGUUUCUUUACAAGUUUACAAUGAAUGUUAUGGAUGAUAUCAUCAUUUUAACCAGAUAACCAACCCUCAGUUGCUGUCAUUGGGACUGAACAUGCACUCUUUGUAUUUACUCAACGUAAGCAGAAUUGCUAAAUUGUUAAACCUUAUCCCAAAAGAGAGAUUCAUAAACAACCAUAGACAGUAACACAACAUUGGAAAUGUGUACAUUUAGAGACUUUCACUUAAAACUGUUCCAUUUUUGCACCCAUGAACGUCACUCUGUCAUCAAUCUUUGUCAGAACUAGGCAAUCUUUAGUGUCCCAUGGAUUAAAACAUGCUCAUUGUAUAAUGCUGUAGUAUCUGAUUGUUGUGACUAUUGCCACUUGCAAUCAGGGUGUUCCACUUCUCACUAGCAGUUGUCCCGUUCUGUAUUGCAGGAAC